CAUGAAGAACUGCUCGGAAGCAGCGGCGGAGAAGACGUGUCCAGUAGUGGCCGCUUCCUCGGCUCCCACGUGCGGUCGACCACGAGGAAGCCGGGACUGCGUACCUGAAUACAAGUCGUCGUAUUACGCUUCCCAUUCCUUCGUCGCGUGACCAGGAAUGGCAUUGAGGAAAGCAAGGUUAUGGGCCACCACAUUAUGCUGUCUUAUGCUCUUCCGGCAGGCUGGAGCUCAAGACCUGUACGCCCAAGUGAAGGAGAUCAGCAACCACACCGUCAUCUCCCAGUUCGAAUGGACAGUACCCGAUGCGCACGCCCUGAUCCAUAAAUCCUUCCUCACCCUGGGGCACAACCUAGGAGGACCCGAAUUCUACACCGGCAAACCUGGAUACAAAGUCCGGCUGAGCCUUUCCCUUGGCCGAGUGAAUCCGAACACGGGAGUGCCGUAUCUGGGAGUCUGGUUUACGCUUAUCCAGGGAAAAUUCGACGACGCCUUAGAAUGGCCCUUCCAAUACAAGUUCAACCUCACGGUCGUUUCGCAAAAUGCAUCAGACGGAGAUGCCCACGUUUCGAUGAACCCAAUGACAGCAAUAUGCAGACUGCGCAAGCAAUUCCAAAGACCGACAGAAAGGAAAAGUGACAGCGACGGUUGCGGUAAAGCAUACCUGGUUGCCCAUGACGCGCUGCCCAAGUUCAUCUCAAAUGAUAAGCUUCUCGUUCGCCUCACUAUAUUUCUGGAAGACAAAGGCGCGAUACCGAAACGAGCAAAAUCUUACAUUCGAGGGCAUCAGCUUGUCUCGGAAUUUCUUUGGACAGUUGAAGACAUUGACUCAAAGCUAGUGCAAGCAAGAAGGCAGGAGCUGCACUCCCUAACCAGCGAGCUCUUCUAUAUCAACUCCGAAAGUUACCUCAUGAUAUUGCAGCUAACGUUCCAUCCAGAAGACGAGUACUUGGGACUUUUUGCUAUACUUGUCCCUGGCGAGUUCGACGACUCGUUGGAGUGGCCGCUGACGUACAAUUUCGAGUUGUCCAUCGUGGAUCAGUCUCGUGGCUAUUUGACGUCAGACCGGAAGGGCCUUAUCGAUCCUACAUCUGGAAUAUGUAACCUGAAUGCGUUUACAAAGCCUCUAUUUCAUCCUAACAUGCCGUGUGGCUUCCGAAGGCUCGUGUCGUUUGAUGCCCUGCAGAAAAAGAAUUUCAAGAAGGAUGGAAAGAUCAUUGUACGAUUCACUGCAAUACUGGAGCAGAUGCCUAACUUUGCAUCGGUUUCUGUUAAAGAUCAGCAUAUUGUAGCGGAAUACACUUGGAAGGUGCCUAAUAUCGAAAGGAAAAUGGCUCUCGCGAAGUCUGGCAGACCAUCAAAUCUCCUCAGCGAGCGAUUCUACACCGGGCAUCAGGGAUAUCUAAUGCAGAUGCAACUCAAAUUUCAGAACAGUUCGAACGGCAGCAUAGGGCUCUAUCUGACCUUACUAGAAGGGGAUUACGACGUAUUUCUUCAAUGGCCUUUUGUGAAGAGGUUCGAUCUCUUGGUGAUUGACCAACAACACGGAGGUUACGGCAAUGACAUCGUCGUGUCGGUGGAUCCAAAUAAUCCUUAUAUCCGCAACGAAGCGUGCACUGGUUCGUUCUGGAGACCGUACGGCAGGAACGACGCUUGUGGUUCAGCCACUACAAUAUCUUACGAUCAAGUUUAUUCUCGAAAGUACAUUAGGUAUGGUGACUUGCUGGUCAAGGCCCUGGUGUACAUGAAAGAGAUCCCACCUCCAAACAUAGCCAGGCUGGUGUUCAGAGACGACGCAGUUGUGGCCGAAUACGACUGGCUUGUCCGGAAUGUGUUUGCCAAGAUAAUGCAGGCGAAACAUAGCAGUUUGCAAUACUUUGACAGUGACAAAUUUUACUUGUCUAACAGUGGUUAUAGGGUGAUGCUACGGCUAUACCCUGAGAAGGCUCAAGGCUAUGUAGGCCUUUACGUCGUGCUUAUUCGUGGAGCGUACGACAACGUUCUUGAGUGGCCAUUCAGACAAAAGUACGAACUCGUACUCGUUGACCAAUCAGGGGCUAAGGCUGACCUCGUCAAAGUGACAGAAGCAACAUCUGGAGAAGAUGGUUGUCCUGAUAUUGCCCUCAAGAAACCAACGCAUGACCUUGCAGAUUGGAGCUGCGGCGAGAGCCGCAUGAUCAGCCAUAGUGCGCUGCGUAACGGACGCUACGUAAAGGAUGGAACGCUUCGUGUACGCUUCCGAACGUACCUCAAGGAGUACGCUACUGAAAUAGCUUCAAUUACACUUCGUAACGGAACGUUAGCCACGGAAUACCUCUGGGCGAUUGACCACGCCUACGAGAAAGUUCAGCUGCUGAAAACGAAACAGCUUUCAAAGCUAGAAAGUCCUUUGUUCUACACGAACCAGCAAGGCUACGCGCUGCGAGUGAGCGUGGUACUCAACCCAGUAACUGCGUCUUUGCAAACGCUGGCCAGCAAUGAUGACCAGCAUGUGUUAGGCAUUUAUUUCACUCUGUGGAAAGGGAAGCACGACGUUGUUUUGAAGUGGCCGUUCCGGCAUGUUCUCCUGCUUACUUUAGUGCACCCGACACACACUGAAAGGGAACUGACCAAAAUGGUAGACCCUCGAAACGCUCGCUGUCCUUCGGAGGCCUUCAAUAGACCAAAGACAGCGCACAAUCAGAAUGCGUGCGGGUACUCGGCAUUUCUGGCUGUGGGUCAAAUUCACGAGUUCAUUACAGAUAACGUCAUGGUCAUUAAAACGACGUUGGAUAUGAGGACAUGAAUAAAUGCGGUAUGUGCAC